GGCCCCUGCUGGAGGACACUGGCGGCCCAGGGGCUCAGGCUAGACACAGGGGCUGGCCCACCACAGCUAAGGGCCCAGCACCUGUCUCAGCAUGGUCCUGGAGCUCUACCUGGACCUGCUGUCGGCGCCCUGCCGCGCUGUCUACAUCUUCGCCAGGAAGAACAACAUCCCCUUUGACUUUCAGUUUGUGGAUCUGCUCAAAGGUCACCACCACAGCAAGGAAUACGUCGAGAUCAACCCCCUAAGGAAGCUUCCUGCUCUCAAAGAUGGAAAGUUUAUAUUAUCCGAAAGCGUGGCCAUCCUCUUCUACCUGUGCCGCAAGUACAGCGCCCCCUCGCACUGGUACCCGCCAGACCUGCACACCCGCGCCCGCGUGGAUGAGUUCAUGGCCUGGCAGCACACGGCCAUUCAGCUGCCCAUGAGCAAGAUUCUCUGGAUCAAGUUGCUGAUCCCAAUGAUCACGGGUGAGGAGGUUCCAGCCGAGAAGACCGAGCAGAUGCUGGAAGAGGCAAAGAACAACCUGCUGCUCUUUGAGGAGAAGUUUCUGCGGGACAAGCUGUUCAUCACUGGGGACCACAUCUCCCUGGCUGACUUGGUGGCCCUGGUGGAGAUGAUGCAGCCCAUGGCGAGCAAGCAUAAUGUCUUCCUCCUCAGCUCCAGGCUGGCUGAGUGGCGCAUGCGGGUCGAGCUGGCCAUCGGCUCUGGCCUGUUCUGGGAGGCCCACGACCGGCUGGUGAAGUUGGCAGAUUGGGAUUGUUCGACGCUGGAUCCAAUGGUCAAAGAGAGGAUCUGCGAGUUUCUGCAGAAGUACAAGUGACCCGGAGGAUGCCCAUCCUGCAGGGCCGGGCUGGCUCCACCCUCUGAGCCUCCUUCAGGGGAGACCAUGGAAAACAACCGUUUUCUUUACCUAAUAAAGAACCAGAACAGCCAUCAUGGCUGCUGAGCCGGGGACAGUUGCUGUAAUUGUUAAGGUCCAAUGUGUCCAAUGUGGGUGUGGGUGGUGGUCAUGGGGUCCUCUCCGUUUAAAAAAUAUUUUGUUUUGUUUUGUUUUUAGUG